GUGUGAAUAUAAUAUUACGAGUGGUUCGAGAGGAGACUAAUUUUUCAUGUCUCAAGAAACGUCUCAACAAGCAUUAAGUUUAGCACGUCUACUUCGUCAUCAGAGUUCAUUGAAGCAUCGUUCGGGUGUUUUAGAUGGCAAGAGACUAGAUUUUUUUAAAGCUAAAUAUGUUUUCCGUUUUUUUGAAUCAGCAUUUUAUGUUAAAAAAGCAAAGAAAACAACAUCAUUACCGUCAAUUAAGGCAGAAGAAGAUGUAAUAAAAAUUAUUCGUUUAUUACUUGAUCAUGCUUUAAUUCAAAGGGUUGAUAAAUUAUCAUCUCGUAAAGAUCGAAGAGGUAUUCGUUCAUAUCGUUUACAAACAUCGGCAUCUCAAGAGGAAAUAACGCAAGAUGCUUAUUAUGCAUGGUUUUACGAUUUUGUUCCUAUGAGUACAUUUUUUCUUGGUUUAGGUACUCUUAUUCUUAUUUUAAUAAUUAUUGUGUAUCCUCUUUGGCCGCCUAAAAUGCGUCGAAUUGUUUAUUAUUUAAGUUGGGCUGCAUUAGGAGUGAUUAUUUUAUUAAUUGUUAUUACUAUUUUGCGUUUAUUUUUUUACGUUAUAACUACUACUAUUUUGCCUCCGGGCAUUUGGAUCUUUCCAAAUCUUUAUGAAGAUGUUGGAUUUGUUGAUAGUUUUAAACCCCUUUGGGAUUGGCAUCGAGGAAAACAUAAAAAGAUUAAGAAAAAAGAAUAAAAAGAAAUUAUUAUUAUUAUUAUAUAAUAAUGUCCUCUUAUUCUU